AUGUCAGGCCUAGGUGCUUCUACCACACCAACUCAACAUCCUGUCUAUUAUUUUUCUAAUGCAAGUCAUGUCUUUCAGUUUGGGUGCCCUCAGAUCGAUAAUGUGCUAUAUAGGCUCUGUGGCUCGGUCUUGCCCUCAAAUUCUGAAACAUUCAAUGGCAUGUUUGCUGCUAUGGAAAGUGCUGGAUUGGAAGAGAUUGAUGGGAAAAGUGAUGAGAGGCCCAUCCAUCUUGCUGGUACAACACAGGAGAUGUUUGAAUUAUUCCUUGAACAUACCUUUGGCAGAGCACGCGCCAGUCAAUACACCCUUGAAGAAUUGUCAAACUUUCUCCAUUUCUGCGAUAUGUACCAAUGCUCGCACACGCGGAAAUUUGUGGUUUCAUGCAUUCAAUCUACUCGAUAUCAUUUCCACCCUGCUCAGCUCAUUAACCUUGCCAUACAGUAUAAUACAGGUGCAAUUUUCCCAUUCACCUUCAAGCAACUCGUCAACACUCCCAUUACCCAAUUGACUGCACAACACCGGCAACUCUUAGGGAACAAUGUAUUUACAAGCUUGGUCUAUGUGCAAGCAGCUCUUGAAGAACAUCGUCGUAUUGUGGCUGCGGAGGAGCCCAAAAUUUUGAUCCACACUAGCGACUGCCAAGAUCCAGUCGGCUGUAACAAGGACUGA